AUGACUUCAAUGACACCACUAGUUCCUUCCCCUUCUUCAGUUUUCAUCAAUCUAUUGUCAAGUCAAGGUUGUUUUGUGGUCUUUGAGGAGGAAGUUGGAAACAUAUGUGCUUCAACGAUUGUAGCAAUUGUAGCAAUUGUUGUCCCAAAUGUUAUUUUGGUGGCGCUUUUGGUUCUAGGCUGUUGCUGUUGCUGGAGAAGAAGGCGAAACAAAAACCAUGAUGCAGAUCUAGAAAUGGGAGAUAGCACUAGGAAUUAUUUUACUUGUCAAGAAGAGUCUUUGCAUUUUGACUUGGCUACAAUUGAAGCUGCAACAAAUAGGUUCUCGAAUGAGAAGAAGAUAGGCCAAGGUGGAUUUGGUGUGGUUUAUAAGGGUACCCUUCCUAAUGGACAAGAGAUAGCUGCAAAGAGGCUAUACAGAAGCUCCUUGCAGGGUGACAUAGAAUUCAGGAACGAGGCUGCACUUGUUGCACUUCAACAUAGAAAUUUAGUUAGGAUUUUGCUUGGAGGGAGCAGAGAGGAUACUUAUCAUGAGAACCAAGCAGAGCUUGAUUGGGCAACACGUUACCAAAUUAUAGUUGGGAUUGCUGGAGGAGUUAAAUACCUCCAUGAAGAUUCUAGUCUUAGAAUAAUACAUCGCGAUCUCAAGGCUAGUAAUGUCCUAUUAGAUGACGAAAUGAAUCCAAAGAUUUCAGAUUUUGGCAUGGCAAAGAUUUUCCAUGGAGACCAAAGUCAAGUUGACUCUACAACAGAAAGGAUAGUUGGAACUUAG